AUGGCCAAGGCCGGUGGAGACUUGGAUGUGACGCAGCUGAUGACUGCCCGGGAGGUGAUGGACCAUGUGCUGGCAUGUGCAGCUGUUCAUCUCUCAUGGCUGGAGGCUCUGCCACAGGCUUAUCUAUUCAAUGUCGAAGAUGGGGCGCACACGGAUGCAAAUGCCAUCGACGAGCUCUUGGCCACCCAGAUUCCGCUUGAAGUUGAGAAUCAAGAGGUGGAGGUAGGCCUUCUGCCCGUGGCUUUGGAUGGCGCCGGGCCACAGAAUGCCUUGGAGUCUGCACUGGCUCGCUUCCCAGUGGUAACUUCCGAGGAGCGGGAGGCCAAGGCGUACAAGGUGGUGCUGUGCCACUACUUCGAGUCGGGCUGGUGCAGAAAUGGGGACAGAUGCACGUACGCCCAUGGGCCAGAGGAGCUCCGACUGCCAUCAAAGGCAGAGGCCAGGCUCCAGGUGUUUGGCCGGAGGAAGAAUGGUCGUGAUGCAAGCAGUUCGAAGUGCAGGUGCAGGCGCCUUUGCAGGGCCUUCUCUUCGCACGCACAGCUUGCACCGCAAGCUGAUCCGCUGAAGCGACCGCAAGUUAGGAGGUAUUGGAGGACAGAUUCCUUCUUGCCGUCGCUGGCAGCCAUCUCUUGCAUGCUAGCCUUGCAGACUGACCAGCAUGCAAUGGCUUGGACCAGCUCACCGCUAGGCUCCGGCGAAGAAUGUCGGCAUCUCCGGCCCCUGCCCGGCAGAGGCUGGGACCUCGGCACAGCUGAUGCGCGGGAUGCUGCCUGCAGCACUUGCAGAGGAUCUUUACGACUCCUCCCGAUCGCAGAAUUCGCAGAGUGCCGGGCCGUGCCGCAGUCAUUCUGCUUUGUCUUGCGCAUCGUGGAUGGUCGACGCCUUAUCUUUCGCUUCUUCUGUGGGCGACAGCCUCGAAUUCAGCCGGUCCUCCGUAGGCUAUGCAGUCUGCGAAGAAGGAAAGCUGCAGGAGGCAAGCAUCGGCAGCCCUCCGAGCAGAGGAGGCCAAGAUACCUCGGUCACGGCGGUAAGUGUGGACAGCUCUCAGCUGAAGGCGAACGACAGCUCUUGGCAAUGUACGGAGUUUCAGCAACCACUCGCAGCAGGAAGCUGGAAGCCAUGAUUCAUCCUCCGGCGAUGGGCGGCAAGACCGCUUGGGGUGUGAACAAAGAGACUGUGCACCACGGCACUGAUGAUCCGGAGGAGCUUCGAAAGCUUCGUGAAGCACAGGGCAGUUUCAACUCGCGCGAAGAAGAGCGCCUCCAGCGAUUAAAGGCUAUGGACCGGGAUGCGGACAGCAUCCUGGAGGCGAGACGGGCAAGGAAGAGCUCCUUCGACCCGAUGGCGGUCCAAAAGCGAGGCGAUGUGGAUGCCUUCCGGAAGCAGCAAGAGGAAGCUCUCCUCAGGAUGGCUGAGAUGAAAGAGCAGAAGAGGCUCGAGAAGAAGCAGAAGAAACUGGCAGAGAAGGGUGAAAAGCCCAAGAAGGAGAAGAAGGUGAAGAAGAAGAAAGGCAAGAAGGACAAGAAGAAAAAGGAUAAGAAGAAAAAGAAGGAGAAGAAGAAGAA